CUGGGCGAUCGACACCAGCUCAGCAUCAUCAGCUUACCGCCUGCUGCUUCCAGGGAAUAAACUCUGAAUAUUUCUCCUGAGAGACGUCUGCUGCACAAACAGUGCAGAAAUGUCUCAGCUGUCUGUCCUGCUGCCUCUCACAGGCCUUUUAUUUCUGAUCUCCUCAACGUCCGGCUCAGAAUCCAGUGUGCCGUACCCGGUGACCUGUGUGACCCGCGGGGCCGACCUGACGGAGGACGGCGUGGUGGUUCUGUGUCCUCCAGACUGCACCCAGUGGAGGGUGUCCGUGUUCGGGACGGGAGUCUACGCCUCCGUCUCCUCCGUCUGCGGAGCUGCUGUCCACAGGGGGGUCCUGGGUCCGUCCGGAGGCCCCGUCAGGGUCCACAAGCUUCAGGGACGACACAACUAUAUGAGCUCAUACGCCCACGGCAUCCAAUCACAGGCCCUGACCCACUGGACCGCCUCCUUCAGCCUCACCAAGCCAGUUAACAUUCCUCUGGAGUUGACCAGUGACACCAGCACCACAGCUCUGCCUGCAGCCGCACAACCAGCAAAGAAACCGCUGAAGAAGUCGUCAGUGAAGAAAGUUCUGACAGGAGGAAAUAAAGACUGUCAGAUGGACAUCGCCAUGGUGAUUGACAGCAGCAACAACAUCGGGCAGCGGCGGUUCAACCUGCAGAAGAACUUUGUGGCCAAACUGGCGGCCAUGUUGAGAGUCGGACAAAUAGGACCGCAUAUAGGCCUGGUCCAGGCCAGUGACUCUCCCCGGACCGAGUUCUUACUGACCAACUACACUCAACCUAAAGAGCUGCUGUUUGCCAUCAAGGAGCUGGCGUACCUGGGAGGAGAUACCAACACAGGUAAGGCCAUCAUGCACACAGCAGAGACCUUCUACACCCAGGAGAACGGGGGGAGGCGGGGUCACCCCCGGGUGAUGAUGGUGCUGAUUGAUGGCUGGCCGUCUGAUGACCUGGACCAGGCAGCCAUGUUGGCCAGAGAGUCCGGCAUCAACGUGUUCCUGGUGUCUGUGGCCAAACCGGCACCUGAGGAACUCGCCAUGGUGCGAGACAAAGAGUUCAUGAAGAAGGCGGUGUGCAAAGAUAACGGUUUCUUCAGUUAUUUGAUCCCCAGCUGGUUCAGCACCACCAAACAUGUCAAACCUCUCACCCAGAGACUCUGCUCCCUGGACGGCCUCCUCUGCAGUAAAACCUGCUACAACUCGGUGAACAUCGGGUUCCUUAUCGACGGUUCAUCCAGCGUCGGCGAUGGAAACUUCCAGCUGGUCCUGGACUUCCUGGCAGGAAUCGCCAGAAGCUUCGACAUCUCGGACGUGGGAGCUCGCAUCGGUGCUGUGCAGUUCACCUACGAUCAGAGGUUGGAGUUCGGCCUUUAUGACCACUCCACCAAAGACGACGCCAUCAAUGCUCUGAGGAGGAUCCCCUACAUGAGCGGAGGAACGGCCACCGGAGCAGCCAUCAGCUACACCACCCAGAACCUGUUCAGGCGGACAGGACCAGGCCGCAACUUCCUUAUCGUGGUGACAGAUGGCCAAUCAUAUGAUGAUGUGAUAAGCCCGGCGGUAGCUGCACGGAAACAAGGCAUCACCAUGUACUCGGUGGGUGUGGCCUGGGCACCCCUUGAAGACCUCAAAGCGAUGGCAUCAGAGCCGAAGGACAGCCACACCUUCUUCACCAGAGAGUUCACUGGCCUCGCCGAGUUCAUCCCGGCUCUGGUCCGAGGCAUCUGCCGAGACUUCACAGAGAACAACUAAAAGCAACGUGUUUGUGCUUCUGUAUUUGUGAUGAGAGCUUUACCUGUAACUCCAGCUUAAACAAAGUCUGAACCCUCCAGCAGCUGGAAGAUGUGAUUACUCGACAAAAUGUCCUCACUUUGCAGGUAGAGAAACAGGUCGUCACAAAAAUAGAAGUACUUAUUUGUACUCCUAUACACUUGUGUAGUCCCUAUACCUAAAACCAAAUUGUAUCCUUCAAAUAGAUGUUUGAAGAAGUGAAAACCAGACUAAAUGUCCUCGCUUUUCAAAAUGUCCUCACUCUGCAGGUACAAAAUGGGGUCCUCACGAAGAUAGAAGUACAAGAGCACACACUGUAUAUAAACUGUACACAUUUACCAACUAAUACCGAUACAUACACAUGAAAACACAUGUAUAUAAAAGACACAACAUAGAAAUUCACACAUGUAUACCAAAAACAUUUUUUUCUAUUUAAUGAAGGAGAUGUUGGGAAAUCACCAAACAACCAAUUAUUACCAUCAACAGUCGAAACCAAAAUCAGUCACUUCUCACUUCCACUGUCAGUGUGUUUGAUCGGAUUGAUUACAAUAUAAAAGGUUCCCAAAUUACCCCCGAAGUACAUCAGAAAAACUAGUAAAAAAUAUAAAACUUAGAAAAACAUUAACGUCGUAUUAGCCAGCAGAAUACAUUUUAACUUUAAAGGAAACUAAUUUAUAUAAAAUACAUGCUAACUAUAAAAUAAAACCCUAGACCCUGAAGAAACAUCUGGUUAAAGAGAAAAAAAAAUGUAUUCUGAAUCUUGUAAUUAUGACUUUCAUAUCUCAUAAUUUACUAAAUAAAUAUAAUUGUAAGAGUUUUUUAUGAUUAUGAGAAAACAAGCUCAUAGUUACGAGUAAUUACAAAAAAAUGAUUCUUAUUUUGUAUCUUGUAAUUACAGAGUAAAGAAAUAGUUUUGAGGUCUGCAUAUAAUAUUUUGCAGUAAAUUACAAGAUACUAAAUGAUAAUUAAGAAAACUUAACUAUUAAUGCAAAUGUUUUUUUUGGGAAUGCAACAUUUAUGCAAAAAUUACAGAACUUACCCAUCAUUUCUGAAAACUACUCAAAAACAAUUACCUGAAUUCUUGAAUCCAGGUGAAAAAACAUUUUGUUAAAACUAUGGAAGCCUAUUUUUGCCAAUGUGACGUUGUGAUACUCAGUCAUUAUUUUGAGAAAGUUUCUCAUUAUACUAACUUACAUAAUCUAUUUUUUAAAAUCAUAUUGGCGUAAAUGGGCUUUCAUAGAUAUCAGCACACUCAGUGAUCAGUGACCAAGUGAAUGAUUUCUGAUGGAUUUUUUGGUAUUUAAACUUAAAAGCUGUCACCAAGAAAGUUGUCUCCUCGUGGGACACUUUGGGUUUUUUUUCUUAUUAUUUUAAGAAGAUUCAGGCGAAGAAAAACACCUUCCAACAACUCAUCUAAUUUAAGACGCAAAGAAGAAAUUCCCAAAGUUGAAUCUUGAUGUUGGGAAAUCUUUUCUGUGAUAAAAUAUUCUCAACUCAAGGUGAACACGAGUAAGCGACGGAAACUAAUCUGUAAUCAAUAAAACUACACUGACAAUUCUCAAAGCAUCUCCUUCUAUUUUCCUUUUUAAUUUUUUAUCAUAAAACACAACAAAUGACUUGUUAACUCUUUAUGUUGUAAUUAUCCUGAUGUACAUUUGUCAAACCCGUACGGCACUGGUUCCCAACGCUCCCAACGCUCCCACUAAGGGAGCUUCACCGGGAGGUCGCAAGGUCUUCUUGAUUUUAAGGGGUUUAAGGAAACUACAAAUAUAUACGCAGUCGGCCUGUAUCUCAGCAUUUCAUUAAUUUCUGUGAAAACUAAAUGAAACCAAACAGCUGAUAGAACAAUGAGAAUAAACAGUGAAUCUGUCAGAAAGAAGAAUAUUAAGUCUGAUUGUUAAAAUGAUAAAAAUACAGAAUACAGACAGAGAAUGGAUCAAAAUAUCAGGAAAACUCAUCUCUGAUCAAUAUCCACAGGAAAUAAUCAAACUUCCUGCAGUUAUUGAUUUCACUGUUUGGUUCAUUGAUCAGUUUAUCAGCUGUUUUCUACUGUUAUUGAUACUGAUCAACAGAAUAUUAAAAAUAAAUCAAAUAUAGUCAAUAACAAUUAAAGGUUGGGAACCAGUGCUGUAGAUUUCUGUAUUUUUCUUAAACUAAUGGUUACAUCCGAUCUGUUUCCUGUCUUUCUACCCUGUUAAAGGCUAAAUGUCAACCAUUGUUCUUUUAAUUCGAGAGCACAAUUACUCGUGAUGUUUUCCUCCAUGAGCCAGUGCUACAUAGAGUUUGGUCUGUUCAGGUUCCUCUGGCUCCUCCCGAUGGGAUUUAAAAGAAUCCACCAGGCCCGAAUGAAAACAACCAAUCAGAGUUCAACUCAAGUUGUUUGAGGAAACCGAUUAAACCAUUUAAAUGUAUUAUCUCAUGAAAAAUAUAUUUGAUUUGAGUAACUCAAGUAUUUAUUGUUAAGGUAAAUUAAGUUAAUGGUACUAAUUUAAUUAUAAGUGAGGAGCCAGAUUGUCUCAUGUUCUGCUGUCAGGAUGAAGUGAAAGUUUCAGCAAAUAUGACAGAAACUUUAUUUCUAUAAAACUGCAACUUUAAUUGUUUUUUUUUUUUUAAAUUGGACAAUAAUUAAAAGAAGGAGAGUCGGUACGAAAGUAACACGGCUGUUUUCUCAGAGCCAAACGUUGUCAGUACGUACGUUGAUACGUGAAUUCACUGGAGGUUCAAUGUUCUUUGAAUGAACAGUUGUUUAUUGUUUUUAUAUUUAUGAUAAUUUGACAGAUUAUUGAAUAUUUUAACUGUCAGCUGUUUUUAUCUCCUUUGUUAGAGAAGAAUACAAAUCGAUUAUUAAUAUGAAAUGAAGUAAAAUACAAUUUUAAUGCAAAAAUGUAUUUAAAAAACAAUACAUUGUUUAAAAAAUGUAAUUAAUAAAAAAAAGUACUUAUGUCGGUAAUAGAGGAAAUGGUUAUUUUUUUAGACUUUUAUAGUGUAAAAUUUUCCCUUAAACCUGUUUUACUGUGAAUACUGUACAAGUUAAAGAAAGAAAUAUUUUUUGCUAAGAUGUGUAGUUAAGCAUUAACGAGGACACUUUAAAUUAAACCAAAAAUAAUGAGUUUAAAGCGUUCGUUCAAUGUUCAAAGUAUCAGCAUCAGUGAUGGAAAACAAACGUGAGUUAUUGAUAGACGUUUCUCUCUGUAACGUAAGUGUUGCUUUCGUUCCCGCUCUCCCCUCCCGGCUUUUAAAGGUUUCUGCUGCUGUACAGAAAUAACCUGAUGGCAGUCUGUAAGGAAGUGAACCUGAACCUUGAUGGAGGAAACAGAUCAGCAGGUUAAACUUGUGUGUUUGCAGGAGUCGUCACAAUUUAUAAUCAUUUGUAUGUUAAAUACUGAUUCUGUUCUUUUCCUGUAUUUAUUACCUGUUUUCCUCGUGUCUCCCAAUAAAGAAUAGUUAUUUUUA